AUGGAAUCAGAAGAAGAGACAGAAGAAACAGAAGUACUUAUAAAUGAAAAUCCUACUCAAGAGAAUACAAAUGUGAAUACUAGUAGAUAUGCAUAUAAUAAUAUAAAUCAAGAGUUAAAAAAUAUUUUAUCAAAAGUAUUUGUAAAUCCUUCAUUGGAAUGCUAUAAUGAAAUAGAAAAAGCUUAUUAUUCAGCCAAAUUUCUACCCGUAUAUUUUAAUUGUGAUUCAACUGAAUAUGUAAUGCCUGUACCUGAAAAACAAUAUUCUUAUUGUGAAGCAUAUACUACAGAUUCACAUGUACCAAUUAAAACAGGUAAAGGACUAAAUUUUUUGUCAAAUAAUACUCAAUCUAGUAAACGAAGAGAAAAAAAAGCAAAAAAAAAUUAUUAA